CUACCGUGAGCGAUUCGUCAUCUGAUUGGUUAAAAGCUUACAUCUUUGUCAUCCGAUUGGUUCACGGUUACGUGCCGCCUCCACUGAUCCAGGAAGUAGCCGUCAAUCCUUUGUUGGUGGUGAGGUUCGUGUUGUCGCCUCUUGGUCUUUGUCGGAGUUGCCGUCAUUACCGUAUUGGUGCUGAGACACUGGAUGGCUACCAAGCAGUACAUUUUCAACCACGACGAUAUCGCCAAACUGGCCAAACAGUACGCGGGGCAGGAUCACGAGCAGGCCUAUUCAAAACUGGUGGUCGAGCUCAGGAAGAGGUAUCCGGGCCACAUCCUGCCAGAUGAAGACCUGCAGUGGAUUUUUCUGAGGGCUGGAGGCUUCAUGGGUUCCAUGUGUGUUCUCCAUGCCUCCCUCACAGAGUACGUGAUACUGUUUGGCACUGGAAUAGAUACGUCAGGACACUCGGGUCGUUACUGGGCUGACAUUUCUGACACCCUUGUCUCUGGUACCUUCAGAAGGUGGAAGGAGGGAAGUACAAAGAAUGAACUCUUCUAUCCUGGUGACACAGUGAUGCACCAUAUGGGGGAGGCCGCGGGGGUUCAGUGGACCGCCGGAACAUGGAUGGUGGAGUACGGCCGAGGCUUCAUCCCGUCCACGCUGGGUGUGGCGCUGGCCGACACUCUGUUCUGCACCCAGGACUUCGUCAGCUUGUUUCACACUUUGAAAGUCUACGGAAAAUCGAUGCUGUUGGAGAUGGGAACAAUGCUCGCUGAGACCGGAGUGUUCUAAAUGCAAAGUGGUGACACUUUUUGACACGCGCACUGGAACAGUGACGUCACAAGUUGACGUGCUGUUUUGUUACCAAUGUCUGACACGGAGUAAAUUCAUGCCAGAUGAUUGUUUUUACCAUAAAUGAAAGAACAUCCUUGAAUAUGCUUGAUUUGAGAACCCAGUAAGAUGUAACUGCAUCAACACUACAAGUGGACUUUCAAAAAAAUGUAGCCACUCCCUUCCAUGUCAAUCUUACACAACAAGAGCAUUCCUUUGAAAGCUGCCUAAACAGACAAUGAAGCCUUUUGGUGCUAACAAAACAAAACUGUCUUAGCAUGUGGUUUUAAGAAAUGAGUCAAAUUCUUCCAAAUACUUGCUGAAUGUGAAAUUCUUCUGAGGGCAAAGCAUUACCCAUUCUGUUAUCAAAGGUUGAUCAUCAUAUUUCUUGAUGAUUGCAUAAGCACUGCUGGCAUGUUCCUUUCUCCAAUGAAAUGUUUUGUGGUUUUCAGUGACACGUUGCUGUAUUUUUGUCUACUACCUUGCUUAACAAAUUACAAUUUAAAACCA